AUGGAUUCGAAAGAAAUGAAGGAUUUUCUUCGUAGUGUAUCAAAGCCUAGCCAUCACCCCAAUGUUAAAGCCAGAAUUCAAAAGGAAUUAACAGAAAUUAAGAAACUAUUUUUAAAAGAAGAUAACACUUCAUCGACUGUUCUCCUUCCUAUCGCAAAAUUGGCCUUUCUCACCAUUGUUGGUGUUAACAUUGACUUUGAAGCAAAAGAAAUUAUGCGUUUAUUAAAUUCUCAUCGACUCUCUAAUGUGAGAAUCGGAUAUUUAGCAGCUUCAUUAAUAUUUUCACAGACUACAUCAUCAUUUAAAUUGAUUAUUCCUGUCGCAAAACAACAUUUGAUGAAUUUUACUAAUGAUACUUUACAAAGUUACGCACUUUCAUUUAUUUCUUCACUAGCAGACCCUGAAUUAGUUAACGAGGUAAUCAAUUUAGUCGCUAAUAUUGUUAUUUGCCAAACAGCUUCAGAAUUUACAAGAAAAAAAGCUAUGCUUUAUCUAUCAUAUGUCAUGCGAGGUGUCGCAUACAAUGAUAUAAUCGAUAUGAUUACUCCUGCUCUCGAAAAUUAUAUGAUAAUGAAAUCAAAUAUGCGGUUAGCAGCAUCUACAUUAGUUUUGUCAAUAAUGACUAUGUAUCCAGGUACAUUUACACAAUUCUUUGAUUUUUCAUUAAAAGAAUUGUUAAAAAUGUUUGUUUAUGGCACAGAUAUCAGUGAUCUCAUGUAUUACGGGACACCAGCCCCAUGGUACUCAAAACAGCUUCUUAGAAUGCUAAAACUCAAAACUUCGUGGAGCGAAAACGAAAAAUCGUGUUUAGAACAAGUAUCUCUUGCAAUCUUUAGUAGAACUGGCGAAACAUUGAAGAUCCGUGAGGCCUAUUCAUAUCUUAUGGUUCUCAACGAGUUAAUGAGCUUGAUUGCCAUGGUUCCUUUAACAUAUGAUUCAAUGGUCCUUUGCGCGCAAACAAUUGCACGUCAUUUGAAGACUAAAAGGGUCAACGUUCUCAGUUUCGCUAUAGAUACACUGCUACAUAUUGUUAAAACGACUCAUCAACUUGCAUCGAGUAUUCAGAACUCUCUGUCAAAUUUAUUUGCAGCCAUGAGAUGCACCGAUAUCAAUGUCUCUAAAUUGGCCGUUUAUUUGAUGGAACAAAUGUCCAAUGAACAAAAUUACAAAGAAAUGACCGAAGAAUUCAUGUCUUACAUCCAAGCAGCACCUCUUGACGUCAGAAAAGUCCUUUGCUGCACAGUUCCUAAGAUAUUAAGCAUCGAAACAGCAGAUCCAGAGUUUUUUGUUCUGACAAAUAUCAAUUUGAUGAAAAUUGCCGGUAAAUUCACUGAUGAUUCAAUAUGGCAGACCACUGCAGAUAAAUGUGAAGAAAUAGAGCCAUUAAUUGAAAAAAUUAUCGAUGAUUUGAUUGAUUUUAUCAAAAAGACACCAGAGCCAUCUGUUUCAUUAAUGAAAUUAACCAUUUUCUUAUGUGGAAGGUAUGUUAAUACCAAACCAAUCCCAAUUAUUGAAUUAUUUGUUAGUCGGUUUGGAUACCAAGAUUCUCUUGUACAAUCAAUGAUCAUUACCAUGAUCACUAGGAUUACAACAAGAUGUGUUGACAUUUACGAUGCUACAAUUAAGUUUUUAUCUAAGAAUCUUCGACACCCGAAUCCAGAAGUUUCACAAAGAGCCUCUGAAUGCUUUAUUACAUUACAGACAACACCUUCAUCUAAGUCUAUAUUUGAAUCAAUGCCAAAAGACUUCUCAGAGAAAGAUUUAAAUGAUAUGUUGAAUUUAUUAAAGGUAAAUGUUCCUUCAAACUUCGAAAUUGACCAGGUAAUGCAUCAUGAAGAGGAAGACAGAUCAAUACAGGAAGAAUUGCUCAUUAAAAGAUUCUUUUUUACCAAUGAAGGCGUUUUAUAUUUAGAUAAUUUUAUUCAUGUAUCAGGAAAGCUUAAAUACGGUACUGAUAAGAUGAGCAAUGUUGCACAGAUCCAGUUAACACUUUCAAAUAUGAGUUUGUUCCCAUUUGAACAAGUUAAAUUUGAAAUUUCCAAAAAUCCAGAAUAUAAAUCCAUUGUAAAGAUGGAUACAAAUCGUAUAGAUGUCAACGGACACAUUCUUGUUAAAGUUGGAGUACAAGCUCAAGUAAUUCCACUUUCAUCAUUUCCAGAAGCAAUUUUAACGGCUUCAUUAAGUGGAAAUAAUAUAAUUGUUUGUUUCAAACUUCCAGUUUUUCCUCCGUUUAAUCUAAAUGAAGCCGAAGAAGAGUUUGAAGAAGAAUAUUUAAAUGAAGAAGAAAAUUAUUAG